GCUGAGUUGGUCGGCGAAGUCACUUGGAAAUACUGAUUGGGGAAGACUAUUUGACUAAUUAUGCACAUACGGCGCAAUCGCUCGGAGCUCCGUAUAUACAUUACAGCUGAAUAUUGCGGCUCGGCUCUCACGAGUAGUAUAUCCGCCCCAGCUUAAUAACUAGUGAAAUAGAGGUACAUAGGUACAGUAGUAUUUGAGUAACUCCAUAUUACGAUAUAUGAUGUAUGUCAGAUAUCACUUACACAAUAUUUCCAGAUAUUAAGAUGAUUUUCCGACUGGGUUUAUAUAUUCUUGCUGCUGCUGUAUCUACUGUCAAUCCUACCAAUAUCUAUGGCUAUGCUACCACUAUACAUACUACAAAGGGUAUCUGGGCCUGCAAUAAUAUCCAAGUGAACACUUGCUGUUCCUUUUCCCGCGGCGAUCUGCAGUCUUCUUCAUCUAAUUUGUGCGGUGGUAUCUCCAGAGAUGCCUGUGCUGGACCUGCAAGAUCGAUUUGCCUAAGUGGCGGUAUCCUUUCCAAUUACUUUGGUGGUGGAGCUGCUUGGUUUGACUGCCUACAUUGUGCGGCAGAAGAUUCUAGCGUGGCCCGAUCGGACGAGAUCUCUAGCAAAUCCUGCACAAGCACGGCUAUCCCCACUAUGUUUGCAUGGGAAAGAGAUGGGGUGUGGGUUCUAGAGUUCCAAGAGGGCGAUGCUUGGGACCGGUACAACGAGUUACCAGUCACAACAGACUUUACUGACACUUGUAAGUAUGACGUCCACCUGGAGAAUCUUAAAUCGUUCGGUGCGACGUGGUACAAGAAUGCGGAGGACCAUCCCGUAGCUGCUGAGAUGCUACUUGAAGUAUAGUAGAAUCCAUAGUACAAUCUUCGUUUCGGCGUCAGAGCAACCCACAGGCUUUGGAAGACCCAAGCGAGGGAAUAAUAGCAUAGCAAGCGCUGUGUUGCCAUGGCCGACUGGCAGUCCCAACCGAGGCCUUUACGCUGACCUCCGACAGUAAGGAUAUCAAAGGUCAGGGUCAGUCGGGACUCAUUAUUGUACGAUUGUCAACUUGAGCAAGAAGAAUAGUUCUUCAGG